AUGGCUAGACUAGUGUUGGCCAUUGGUGCCGUGGCCAUUUGGGCUUUCUUGGUCGCCUGUGACUCCUCUCCUUCACCACCCUCUGGUUGUGAUGAUGUUAUCCCGGAUAUGGCGGAUUGCUUGCCGUAUGUGACAAAUGGGAGCAAUGUGAGCAGCCCCGGCAAGGGGUGCUGCACCGGCAUUGCGCAGGUGGUGGCCAAGAGCCCACUGUGUCUUUGUGAAGCACUCAAGGAGGCCUCCCAACUAAAUAUAGCCGUUAACAUGACUCGGGCUCUUGGCCUCUCCAAGAUUUGCAAGCUAAACGUGCCUCCAAUUAGUAGUUGUAAUGGUUCGUAG